AUGGACGACAGUUCGUCGGACAGCAGUUCCGAGAAUGGUGCGAGGGGUACGGCCGAGGUCGCUAAUCGGGAGAUCCUUUGGAUUCUUCGAGUUCGGCUCGACCGUGUUGGUGGCAGCUGGGCAGAUGAACUCCCAGGUGUGUUAUGGGCGAUUCACACUACCCAUAAGGAGAGAACGGGGGUCACGCCUUUCCACUUGGUGUACGAAGGAGAGGCUAUCGUUCCCGUAGAGGUCGGAGUAGAAUCCGAUCGGGUGCAACAAUACGACGUGAGUAACACCGAGCGGAGGCAGCUGGAGCUGGACUUGAUAGAUGAGGCGCGAGCCAAAGCAGCCGUCCGGCUAAUGGUGUACCGGCAGAGAAUGAAGCAAAAUUACAAUAGGCGAGUAAUUCCCAGGGCAUUCCAGGUCGGCGACCUUGUAUGGAAGAAGUAA